CUCAACUUCAAAUUUUUUUUAUUUACUAUCGGGUAUUUCACCUGGUCUAAGUCCGAGUCCAGUUCCAAGUCCGGAUUUGAAAAUUCUUCCAGACCCUACCCAUUAAAAGGUCGGGUUUGGAUGGGUCUAAGUCGGGUAUAGGUAUAAAGUAUCCGAACAUAUACCCGAAACUUUAAUAGAUAAUUUUUUUUUUACCCGUAAUACUAUCCAAUUUUAUCAGGGUUUGGAUCUGAAUAGAGUACGGAUAGGAUCCAAAUCGGAUAUGAUUUAUCGGGUAUUUUGGACAGUUUUAACUUUCACUCAUAAUCAAUAACAUUGGAAGAUCCAGUUCUAAAAUUUAGGAACCAUGUGAAGGCGCAAGAAGUCAACUGCAAACUAAAACAAAGAAUUCUUCUCCCCGUCCAAGAUUACUCUUUUUAAUGAAUAAUAGACAUAUAAAAUAACUACCUCUCCUUCACAACAACUAGUUUUCCAAAUGGGUUUCUACCUAAAUCCGCCCAUAAAAAAAAGUUUAAAACUCUCGCUCUCACAUGGUGGUUGUGAGGACUCCCCAUUAUUCAAAAGAGAACAAUAUGCACUCUCCUUUGCUCCCAAUCCCCCAAAGCCAAUCCCCAUAUUUGUCAAUCCCCAAAUCUUUCUUAUUCCAGUCCCGUCUUCUUCUUCUUGCCUUCUUCUUCUGCUGCAGCUGCUGCUCCGUCUCCUCUUUCAAAAAUCCAAAUUCCAAUCUUCUUCUUCCUACUCACAAAAAGCUCUCCAUCCAUGGCGGCUGUCGCGAUCUUCCACCGCCUCUGCCGCCUCCUCUUCGCCAUCUCCUUCCUCACCUCCCUCUCCUUCCUCUUCUGGUCCCGCUCCCGAUCCUCCUUCUCCUCAUCCAGUUCCUCCUCGCCCUCGUGCCGCAUCGAGCUCUCCGAGUUCUGGGUCCCCCCAGACCCUACCCACCCGAAAAGACAAGUGUAUUGGAACGGCUCCUCCAUCGACCUCCUCUCCUUCUCCCCCGCGUGGAACAUCCUGUCCUUCCCCUCCGAAGCCCCGCCCCCCAAGACCCUGAAGCUGGCCGUCUUCGUCAAGCGCUGGCCCAGCCGCCGCCUCUCCGGGGGACUCGAGCGCCACGCCCUCACCCUCCACCUCGCCCUCGCCCGCCGCGGCCACCAGGUCCACGUCUUCACCACCUCCCCCCCGUCCAACUCCUCCAACGCUGCCACCACCGAUCCGGAGCUCCGCACUCCCAACCUGACCUUCCACCUCUCCCCGCCCACCAAGGCCGGGUACAUCGACCAGCCCCUGGCGUGGGCGCAGUUCCAGGCCGAGAAUGCGCGCGGUGGCCGCCAGUUCGACGUGGUGCACACCGAGAGCGUGGCCCUCCGCCACAGCCGCGCCCGCAACCUCUCCAACCUCGCCGCGUCCUGGCACGGCAUCGCCUACGAGACCAUUCACUCCGACGUCAUCCAGGAGCUGCUCCGCUCCGCCUCCCCUGGGCAGCCGAGCGCCGUCCCUGCAGAUAGGCUCGCCCGGGUGGUGGACGAGGUGCGCUUCUUCCGGGACUACAAGCACCACGUGGCCACCAGCGACCACGUGGGCGACGUGCUGCGCCGGGUCUACAUGGUCCCCGAGGACCGCGUCCACGUCAUCGUCAACGGAGUCGACGACGGCAUCUACUACCCGGACCCCGCGCGCGGCUACCGGUUCCGGAGAGAAGUCGGCGUCCCCGACGAUACCACGCUGGUUAUAGGUAUGGGGGGGAGAUUAGUUAAAGACAAAGGCCACCCUUUGAUGUUCGAGGCACUAAAGCAGGUUUUUGAGGAGAACGAGAGCUUUUACAGAAGCACAGCUAUCUUAGUAGCCGGAGAUGGGCCGUGGGGUAGCCGAUACAAGGAGCUGGGCCCUAACAUGCUCGUUCUCGGUCCCUUGGAUCAGGCCCGGUUGGCGAGCUUCUACAACUCCCUGGACGUGUUCUUGAACCCCACCCUCAGAGCCCAGGGGCUGGACCACACGAUUAUCGAGGCGAUGAUGUCUGGCGUGCCGGUCGCCGCCACGUGGUUCGCGAGCAUAACCAGGUCGCUGAUCGUCAGCCCGGAGCUCGGGUACACGUUUCAUCCGACGGUCGAAUCGCUGAAGGAGAGUUUGUGUAGAAUUUGGAAGGAUGGGAGGGUAGUCUUAAAGGAGAAAGGUGGGAAUGCCAGGAAUAGAGCAGUUAAUUUGUUCACUGCUACAAAGAUGGCUUCCGCUUAUGAGAGGCUCUUCUUGUGCAUAUCUGAAGGUGGCGGGGUGAAGGGAAGCAGCAACAAGUAUUGUAGAUACCCAUAAACAUAAGUUUAUAUAUAUAUAUAUAUAUAUAUAUAUAUAUAUAGAGAGAGAGAGAGAGAGAGAGAGAGAGAGUUUGGUUACAAU